AUGGCACCGAGCAACAGAAGUGUAAACGUGCGCUUGAGCAGAGAAAUAAAUGAUGAAAAUAUAUUGGACGCCCUGCAAAACUCUGAUAUUGACUAUGAUUCUGAUGUAUCUGAUAAUGACCCAAAUUAUCAGCCUCAGGUUGACAAUCGCAACAGAACAUUUAACAGAAACAGUACUUCAGUCAGCUCAUCCGAUGACGAUCCUCCUUCACCUGAAGUUGCUCCUUCGCCUGUUUUGUCAGCGAGCUCCAUGAGAGCUACAUUGCGUGUUCGAAGAGGUCGACCUGACAGGGGAGUCCGACGUGGAUUACGGAUACGAGCAAUGACAUCAAGUUCACGCGAUGGAAUACAAAAUCAAUGGGCAGGUACUACUUUUGAUCCAGAAGUAAGGGAGCUUCAACAACCCACAUUUAUACCCAAAAAACUGCGAAGGGUAGCAGAAUUUGACGUAUGCCGAACAGUACAUUGA